AUGUUUUUGACUAAAGUUGGUCUUAUGAUAAGUCCGAGACAAGGGGUACUACUUCAUGUACUCCCCAAAUGUAGGAUUCAACAGACGUCACUUCUAACCUUAGGGAGAAGAUCGGUUGUUACAUCAACUAUCGAUUGGAAACCUAUAAAAACACACCAUAAUCCUAAUGAUAAGGAAGAAAAGAGAGGCUCAUUCGGUAAGAAAAUUGUGCUUGGAUUAAUGUUUGCUAUGCCAAUGAUUUCAUUUUACCUAGGAACAUGGCAAUUAAGAAGAUUGGAAUGGAAGACAAAAUUAGUGGCUCAAUGUGAGACUAAAUUGAUGUAUGACCCAAUUCCCUUACCAAAGAAUUUUACAGUCGAUAUGUGUGAGGAUUGGGAAUAUCGUAAAGUUCGUAUUAGAGGUCAUUUCUUACAUGAUGAAGAAAGAUUUGUGGGUCCAAGAUCCAAAUAUGGUGAAAAGGGGUAUGUUUUGUAUACACCUUUUGUUAGAGAAGAUACAGGUGAAAAAUUAUUGGUAGAACGUGGAUGGAUUAGUGAGCAUAAAGUUUCGCCAGACACUAGAACAUUACAUCAUUUGUCAUUACCAACGUCAACUAUCGAUUUGAUUUGUUUAGUACGUCCACCAAAAGUAAGAGGUAGUCUUCAAUGGGAUCAAAAUGACAAGAAUUCAAGAUUAUGGCAAGUGGCAGAUAUAUAUGCUAUCGCUGAUACAGUAGGGUGUAAACCAAUUAAUUUCCAAGCACUUUAUGACUUGAAGGAUCAUCCUUCCUGGAAGAAUUCAGAAAUCGAUAAUUCUAUGAAUGGUAGUAAUUUUCAAGGUUCCUCAUGGUGGAAGUUUUGGCAACGUUCUAAAAAGAAAACUAUAACUAAAAUUGACACCUUCUCAGGAGAUAAAGAUGAGAAUUUAGAAUUCAACGAAUUACAAUUGAUUAAAGCAGGUGUCCCUAUUGGUAAACAUCCAACAAUUGACCUGAGAAAUAAUCAUCUUCAAUAUCUGGUUACGUGGUAUGGUUUAUCUUUAUUGAGUACAAUAUUCUUGGUUGUGGCCCUAAAGAAGUACUGGUUAGGUGGUGUUGUAUCACAGUCCAAAUUAAGAUCAGAGAAAUUGAAGAAUGCCAAGAAGUAUAUGUAA